CUUCCGUCCUCCUCUCUCGCUUCCAUCUUGCUCUCCGCGUGUGUUUGCUGCUAGCGUGCAGGUCAGUGAGGAGCUCUAAAAUAUACUCUAUUUCCUGCACAACCACUCCUGGUUCCGAGGCUCAAGAUGAAAGAAACUAUAAUGAACCAGGAGAAAUUAGCCAAGAUGCAGGCACAAGUCCGCAUCGGUGGAAAGGGUACCGCCCGCAGAAAGAAAAAGGUGGUCCACAGAACAGCCACUGCAGAUGACAAGAAGCUCCAAUUUUCACUGAAAAAGCUGGGAGUAAACAACAUCUCUGGCAUUGAGGAGGUGAAUAUGUUCACAAACCAGGGCACAGUGAUUCACUUCAACAAUCCUAAAGUACAAGCCUCACUGGCAGCUAAUACCUUCACCAUCACAGGCCACGCAGAGACCAAGCAGCUGACAGAGAUGCUGCCCUCUAUCCUCAACCAGCUUGGCGCUGACAGCCUGACUAGUCUGCGCAGACUCGCAGAGGCCCUACCCAAACAAGCUGGUGAUGGAGAUGCACCCGUAGCUGGUGGAGAGGAAGAUGAUGAUGAAGUUCCAGAUCUUGUUGAGAAUUUCGAUGAGGCUUCAAAGAACGAGGCAAAUUAACUUGAUGGGAAGGAAAGGCGGCUGAAAUCUCCGGUCUUGGCGGAAACAUAUGGGACUUUUUUUUUUUUCUUUCUCUUUUAUAAAUAUAUCGCAUCCCCUGAAUCUUGUGCACUGCUGUGACCCUUUUGUGUCCAGGCUGAGAGAGUGAGAUUGUUUGUACCACACAGCUUCAUGCACAGUGUGUUUGUUUGCUUGUGUGGUCCAAGAGGCAUCUUUGCCUCCACCUUCCCUGUUAAUAAGGCUCACUUGUUUGCAGCCAAUAUCUGGAAAUAAACAUUUGUUAUUGACGAAAAGCUUAUUAAACACUUUUUUUGGGGUCUUUUUUUUUAUUGGUGCUCGGUUCACACCAUGCUUUUAACUUGAAACAGAUCAUCUUCGCCUACAUUUAAGACUAUUUUUAAUUGUCUGGCAGGUCAGAAAUGGUACAUGGAAAAAUUUUAGAAAUACAUUUCUUAGAAAUGCAAAGAAUUACUAGCUAUAAAGUGUGUUGUUAGACAGGCUAACUUUGAAGGCAGCAAUGACUUGUGGUUGUAUGUUUCUGUCCUUCUGAAAAUGUCCUUAAGCUGUCUAAUUAUUAAUGACAUAAACACUACCUUCAGUUUAAAUACACUUAAUAAUGUUUAUUUGCAGUGUUGUAGCACCAAAUUACAAUUUAAAAGAGGGCAAUCCAGAAAAGAAAAAAAAAAUCUAUCACAAGUGUCAUCUUGACAACUGUUGAAUUAGUACUUGGAUGAUGCAAGUUAUAUGACUACUAACCAUCUUUUGACCAUGUUCAGUCAUUUUUCCACCUUAUUCAUUCUAAAGUGCCCAAAACUAGACAGUUUUAUGAGCCAUUCAUUAUUCCACUCUAGUUUAAUGUGAAACAGCUUCAUUUUGCAAUAAGUAUCUAUGUAAUGAUACUAGGUAAAAUUCUUUGUGGCAUAAACCCAAAACACACGUCACUGACGAAUCAAAACUCUACAUAUGUCAGCAGAUUCGCAACACUCAAAUUCAGAUGUCAGCACUUUUGCAUUUGUUAAUCUGUGCCUUUGCAUCCUUGUAAUGAACACAUUUUUCAGGGUUGGUGAAUUUGUGAAUUUCAUGAACAUGCAAAACAAAAUGUCCACAUCGAACUUUCACUGAUAUUAAAUACUCAAUGAAUGUUCUUUCCAAA